CGCUAUUUAGGCUGGUGUACUUCGACUUUACAGGUGUAUCGGCGUGAACCCCAUUUACAUCGGUUACAUUCUUCAAUAUGUCUUCUCAGCCAGUCAAAGUCAAGAGCCCUUCAAGCUUCGCCCAUGUGGUACUUCGUACGGGAGAUUUGAAACCAAUGGUGGAUUAUUACAAGACCUUUCUCGGAGCCGAAGCCUCCUACGAGAACGAUACCUUGUCGUUUCUUACGUAUGAUGAGGAACACCACCGUGUAGCCAUCCUCGGUAUCCCCGGCACAAAAGCCAAGGUGCCUGGUUUCGUUGGCUUGGAGCAUAUUGCCUUUGCUUUCGACACGCUCGACGACCUUGCUCUGUCGUAUUCCCAGCGCAAAGCAUUGGGCAUCACACCCACCGUCUGCAUCAACCAUGGGCCCACAACCAGCAUAUACUACACGGAUCCGGACGGCAACAUGAUUGAGACUCAGGUGGACAAUUUUGACAACGCGGAGGAUGCAACUAAAUUCAUGAUGUCGGAGGCGUUCAGCAUGAAUCCUAUUGGUACCGACUUCGAUCCGGAGGAUUUGAUCAAACGACUGGAGAGUGGUCAGACAGACAUCUCGAUCAUCGUCUAUCGUCUUUACUUCAAUCCGCUCCGGAAAUUUCCCGGCGACAACCUCGCAGCAGUCUCAAAGUGGCACGCGUACAACGUAGCGAGGACUGGGCAGACUCAUCACUAUCUGAACAAGCAGCAUGCGAAAUAUGGUGACUAUAUUAGAGUCGGGCCAAACGAAAUUUCGGUGGCGGACCCUGAAUACCUCCCAGUCAUUCAUGGUGCAAGGUCCAAGUUUCCCAAAGGCCCCUGGUACUUCAAACAACUGAAUGAACCCGACCCCUCUCUCUUUUCAAUUCAGGAAUAUCAUCCUCACAAGAUGCGCCGGAAGAUGUGGGAUGCCGCACUCACCCCAAGAGCUCUUAAAGUCUAUGAGGGUCGCAUCCUUGAACUGGUCGAUAUUCUCCUGGAUAACUUUGACAAGUUAUCGAACUCUGGAGAGCCCUUUGAUCUUGUAAGAUGGGUUGAAUAUUUGGGGUUUGAUGUCAUGGGGAAAAUCGCCUUCGGUGUCGAAUUCAACUCGUUGAAAGACGCGAGAACGCAUUUUUACGUCCGUUACAUCCACUCUGUAUUGGAAUAUGUUGCUUCACUGGCAGCUAUCUCCUGGGCCAUGCCACUGGUAGCCCUUAUGCCCCUGGAUCAGGGACGUCGCAAGGAUACCGCUGCGUUCAUGAAAUUUGGCGACGAACAAUUAGAAAAGAGAAUCGAAGACAGUGGGUCGAAAGAGGUUGAUGCAUUUGGGUUUCUUCUGAAGGCUGGCGAGAAGAACCCGAAGACUGCUCUGUCGAAACAAUGCCUGGCAGCCGAAUCGAGAAUGAUUAUCGUCGGUGGCAGUGAUACCACGACGGUGGCAAUGGCAUCCUGCAUCUACUGGCUGGUACACAAUAAGGAUGCGUACAUAAAACUCAAACAAGAGUGUCUGGAUAUCUUCAAGAGCGAAGACGAGUUCGAUUCGACAGUUCUGGGAGACCCAAUUCGAGCUCCUUAUCUCAACGCAUGUAUCAACGAGGCACUGAGAUUGCUCCCCCCGGGACCUAAUGGAAUGCAGAGGGUUGUAGAUACACCCGGAGGUAUUGUAAUUGACGGUAGGCACGUCCCAGAGGGCACGAAAAUCAGCGUCCAUGGUUGGACACUCCACCAUGACCCCCGCAACUUCGAAAAGCCCUGGGACUUCAUCCCUGAACGAUGGAUCGAAGGCUCUGGGUUUGAGGGUGCUCACAACAUUAGCGCAUUUAUUCCCUUUUCGCAGGGCGUGUAUGCGUGUGUUGGGAGACAUCUGGCUCUGAUGGAAAUCAGAAUUUUCCUUGUCAAGUCACUCCGAUAUUAUGACUUCCGAAUUGCCCCGGGUUUUAACAAAAAGGCCUACAUCGACAACACGGAGAGUUAUUUGACACUGACAAAAGAGCCACUCCCCGUUAUUAUCAGAAAGUCGGAAUAA